AGUCUAUUUAUUAAACAAUAUUCCAUGAAUUUCAAUAGGAUAACUCUUUGGGUUUUCCCACAUCUCCACUACAACAAGUUUUGGUGUGUUUUGCUUGCUAACUCAGUUGCUUAAUACUAUUACAAGUGAACAAAUGAAGAUCGUGGUACGAGAAUCGACCAUGGUGAUUCCAAAGGAGGAGACUCCAAAGAUAAACCUAUGGUGUUCUAACCUCGACCUAAUGGUCCCAAACGUCCACACACAAACUGUCUAUAUCUAUCGUCCCAAUGGUGCUGCUAACUUCUUCGAUACAAAACCGAUGAAGGACGCUUUGAGCAAAGCUUUGGUCGCUUUUUACCCGGUGGGAGGCCGGUUAAAGGAAGACAAAAAUGGUCGGAUCGAGAUUGAUUGUCAAGGACAAGGCGUGUUGUUUGUAGAGGCGGAAUCCGAUGGUGUGAUUGACGAUUAUGGUGAUUUUGCACCUACACCUGAGCUCGCGAAACUUAUUCCAACCGUAGAUUACUCCCAAGGAAUUGGAUCAUAUCCGUUACUAGUCUUACAGGUUACUUUUUUCAAAUGUGGGGGAGUUUCCCUAGGAGUCGGGAUGCACCAUUAUGUCUGCGAUGGGACAUCCGCGUUGCACUUCAUGAACACGUGGGCCGAUAUGGCUCGAGGUCUUGACCUCACUAUAUCUCCAUUCAUUGACCGGACCCUCCUUCGCGCUAGGGACCCACCACGACCAGUCUAUGACCACAUCGAGUACCACCUUGGUCGGCCAAUGAAAUUGCCACUCGAAGCCCAAUCACAAGAAAAAGCAGUCUCGAUUUUCAAGUUAACACGAGACCAACUCAAUACGCUCAAAACAAAAUUGAGGGAGGAUGGCAGCCCAAUCAACUAUAGUUCCUUUGAAAUGCUCUCAGGUCAUGUUUGGAAGUGCGUGUGUAGAGCACGUGGCCUUCCUGUCGAUCAGGAAACCAAGCUCUACUUUGCUGCUGAUGGGCGGGCCCAUCUUGAGCCCGCUCUACCAGCAGGUUAUUUUGGAAAUGUUAUCUUCUCAAAUAACGCCACAUCAACAGUAGGCGAAAUUCUAUCGAAUCCUAGUUGGUUCGCUGCCAGUAAAAUCCGUGAGGCUGUCGUGAGGAGGACCAACGAUUACCUAAGGUCAAUAAUCGACUACUUGGAACUUCAACCUAAUAUGUUGUCUUUGGCAGGUGCCACCAUGGAGACUUAUAAAAGUUCGAAUGUUGCUAUAACCACUUGGGCUUGGCUACCGAUUCAUGAUGCUGACUUUGGAUGGGGUCAACCGGUAUUCAUGGGGCCCGGUGGGGUUGGUAUUGAAGGAAUAUCAACUGUGGUACCUAGUCCAAUUAACGACGGGAGCUUGUCGAUAGUCAUAUCGCUACAAGCUGAACAAUUGAAGCUUUUCAAGAAGUUCCUCUAUGAUAUAUAACAUGGUAUAUACUUGUUCUUCAAAACAACUACAUGCUUUGGCUUGGUUUAGUUUAGUUUGAGCUGCCACUUUCUACCUCUUCCAAAAAGUAGGAUGUGCAAGUUUGAAUUGUGUGUGUAUUGUGGUUGUUGAAUAAAAUACUAUUUAACUUUACAUGUGUUCA